AUGGAGCAUAUUCACGUCUAUCGAGUCAAAGCCUCGCGCCGAUUCUCCCAUGUUUAUUUGGCUUUGUGUGUGGGUGUUCCUGCUUAGAAAAUAUUACAAGCAAACCUAGAUCAACCGAAAAAUUUCGCUUUGAGAUCAUGCCAAAAUUUCCUGGUCAUGUACGUGAGCUGAUUCGACCGGGACAAUUUUUGGACCUUUUUUGAUGUGCUCGAAGCAAAUUAGCCAUACCGAAAAACAAUUUUUGGAACCAAUGAGCUAUACUUUUUAAACCCAAUGGCGAUUUUGUUCGUUCUAGUAUGAAAUGGCGCUAAACUCAUAUACACUACCAACCUAAGAUAGCACACUGGGUGACACAAACUAUUAUACGAGAAAUACGUAUCUCGCAACCCCUUGCGAAACGCGGUGUUGCACACAAGUUAUGAAGUAAACUCCGUCUGCAAAGUGAGACGCGAAACUAAGUGUGCCUCUCAAGAUAAGCCCUGACAGACGGUGUGGGAACUGGGUGCAUGGGUGACCAGCUGCGAAUGUCAGGACCAUCACUUCUUUCUAUGGUGUUUUCCUCCUUUUCCUUUUUUCAUUGUCCUUUUUGAUUACUAAAUGAGUAAUAGAAAGUGCAUUUAGCAAUACCUCAGACGCCGAAUGGAAAGAAAAAAGUCAAACUUGAAAUCCGUAAUGGAUACUUUGUUCUUGGUUCUUUCCUUAAACGUACGAAGGGUUUAAGGGAAGAAAUCAGGCCACUUCAAGUUGUACACAGUUUCUCUGUUACUAGCGGAACUCCACCAUGAUAAAAAUACUCCUCUUUCUUAGGUGUCAGAGGGUAUUAAGAAAUUGAAAUCAAAAUAAUAAAAAUUAAGGUCAUGGAAAUUAACGCUACACUUAAUUAACGGCACGGAAAUUAACGUUAACAUAAAUUAAUCAGACCAAAAUUAAUCGCGUUAAUUUCAUGGAGAGUUAAUUUCCUAUAAUGUUUUGUGGUUCUGUACGGAUGUUUCCGGAAACACUAUUUUNUGACCAGCUGCGAAUGUCAGGACCAUCACUUCUUUCUAUGGUGUUUUCCUCCUUUUCCUUUUUUCAUUGUCCUUUUUGAUUACUAAAUGAGUAAUAGAAAGUGCAUUUAGCAAUACCUCAGACGCCGAAUGGAAAGAAAAAAGUCAAACUUGAAAUCCGUAAUGGAUACUUUGUUCUUGGUUCUUUCCUUAAACGUACGAAGGGUUUAAGGGAAGAAAUCAGGCCACUUCAAGUUGUACACAGUUUCUCUGUUACUAGCGGAACUCCACCAUGAUAAAAAUACUCCUCUUUCUUAGGUGUCAGAGGGUAUUAAGAAAUUGAAAUCAAAAUAAUAAAAAUUAAGGUCAUGGAAAUUAACGCUACACUUAAUUAACGGCACGGAAAUUAACGUUAACAUAAAUUAAUCAGACCAAAAUUAAUCGCGUUAAUUUCAUGGAGAGUUAAUUUCCUAUAAUGUUUUGUGGUUCUGUACGGAUGUUUCCGGAAACACUAUUUUCGUGGGAAAUCAGUAGAUCUAAAAAUACAUUUUAAAGGGAAAGGGUUGACUGAAGAAGGUUAUGACACACUACUAAUCGGCUCCUGAGACGUACAGUGAUGCAAUAUAUACCUCUUAAUAUUACCAGUGUUUUCGGUCUGUGCUGUAAAUUACAGAUCCUCGUUUUUCCGUAAUUUGCAUUACGGAUCGAAAAAACGAGGCUAACAAUCUGUUUAUUAAUAUGCUUCCAGUUUACGGGACCGGAAACAAUUGCAGAAGAAGCGAUUUGACAGUCAUUUGACAGGCGUCAUUUCAAAGUUUGAAUUGGCUCAUAGAAGGCUUUUUGUUUGAAAGUAAAAUCAAAUUGCUAAUGCGCCAUGUUAAAAAAGUCUAUUCUGUCAAAACUAAUAGCUAAGAGCUCUGUAAGUAUUCGCUAUCCAAUGUGACGCUGGAGUCUUUUGAAAGCUGGAACUGGGUCGAAGUUGAUCCAUCUCAGUCUUUCGCUGGCCUUUGGAAAAAAAACGUUGCAGAUGGCUCAUCAAGGGGACCAGGUGCAAAGCAGGCUAGUUUUCAGAUCGUAAGAAAGGAAAUACACCAAAAUUUCCAUGCAUCGAAAUAUGAUGUUAAGCAGCCUUCUGACGCUACUUAAGAUUAACUUGAGUUAUUUAGAACUCUUUUACUAAAUAAUUUAUUAAGGCUAUUGAAAAUAUAAGGUUUGAAAUAUAUUUACGUUUCAUUUGAAUUCAAACAUACAGAAUUUUUUACUUCUCACGGAGCUUAUUUGCUAAACACCACACUGUAAGUUCCUAGCGUCAGAUUUUCAGGAGCAGGUCUAGAUCGCGCGAAAUUUAGAUUUAAUCGAUUUCAAUUGUUUUUGUUUAUUUUUGUCAUAGUGAUAUCGAUUUUACUAGAAAAUGCAUUUUGACCGACUUCAAUUCAUAUUCAAUCACUGGUGAAAAUUUUGUGGCGAUCAUGCAAGGAUAAAAUCUAUUUUAAGGCGAUUGAAAAACAUCGGUAUGGUCUCCGAGAAACUGUAUCGAAACACCUUAAGACAGACAGAAAAUGAAUCGCCGAUUCAAGCGUACUGUCAAAACAAAAGAUCCAAACACUCGGGCCGAUUAGAAGAGGUUAAGAAACGAAAUACCAUCUGACUUUAACUUAGAAAAGCAUAAUCUGCUUAUUUCAGGGAUCAACUUAACCAGGCGAAGACAACACCAGCGGCUUACGUUAUACGGGGAUGUAAUGUCCAAAGCAACCAAAGUACGCAAGAAGAUAAGGUCGCUUAGGCGCGACAACAAUAGCUUAGCUGGGAAUGAGACCGAGAAAGCUAACCUUAUGAAUAGAUUUUUCUCCACAAUUGGUCAAACAUUAACUGUAGGGCAAUCCCAGUACUUUACCAGUCCAAAAAAUAUUCGAUAUUCGUCUAUCCAGCAAUGAAGUAGAGAGAAAAAGUUAGUUCAUUGAAGGAAAACAAAGGUACUGGACCGGAUUAGAUAUCAGCCAAACUAUUGAAAUUUGCGGGACCCGCUGUUGUAAUCCUGCUAUCCAGCCUUUUCACGCGCAGUACUUGUGAAUUCUGGGUUUAUAGCCAUUGGAAAAUGUCUAAACAAACUCCUGUGCACAAGAAAGAUGAUCCUACGGAAAUAGGAAAUUAUCGCCCCCUCUGUCUGCUGAGUGUCCCCAGUAAGAUUUUGGAAUUAUGUGUUGCUGACUCAAUUGUGAGUCAUGUUUUCAACGAAGAGCUCGUCAACGACAAUCAAUGGGCCUAUAGAAAAGGGAUAUCUACAGAGCUACUCCUCGCCCACCUGAAUAAAAAUUGGGCGUUUUAUUUAUGGACUUCUAAAAGGCGUUUCGUUGCGUUUCACACUCCCUUUUUCUCCACAAGCUGCAACACAACUUUGGAAUUUCGGGUAAUUUACUGGCAUGGUUUAAAGAUUAUCUUACGGAACGGAAGCAAUAUGCUGUUAUCAAUGACUUGUCUUCCAAGAGAACUACAGUUACUCAAGGCAUCCCACAGGGCUCUGUACCCCGGCCAACAUUAUUUGCCCUCUACACUUCAACGUACAUGUAUGCCGAUAAUACUACAAUUUACUGCGUAGGAGAAACCGUUGACAAGGUUACAGCAAUGAUAAACAGAUCGCUUAGAGAACUAACCAACUGGUGUAAACAUAAUUCAUUACAAAAUAACUCACAGAUAGUACGCACUCUCUGAUUGGCCGAGGGGUGUGUUUGUAUCAGAGUGUAAGCAUGGUUGUGGCGUCAAGAUGUUUUGCUUUUUGCGCCCUAAUCACGCAAGCACGAAUUUGAAAAAGGUUUUGAGUUGAAAAAUUCGUCGACAAGUUUACUUUAUUUAUGCAUUUCCUCGUCGGCUGAGACUUGGAAAAUCUUUAGAAACAUGCUGUAUCAAUUUUUUUUCGCUUGAGCUGACAUUUUAAGCGAGAAAAAACCCGUAUUUUGGAAGCAUCUUUUUUGCAAAACAAGGACUGAUUACGCGUACAAGUUCGUGUACAAGACUUCGCGACUGGUAAGAAUUUCUCUUUUAAUCAGUGCUCUAAACAAGUUAGACAGUUUUAAUUUUUUUAUCGGGAAAGUUAUUUCAUAAAAGCAUUAGAAAACUUUUUUACAUGCGUUUGCAUAUCCUGAUCUAUACACUCGAGGGGUUGGGAGAAUUCUCGACCGUUAUGCAAACCCUCGACUUCGUCUCGGGUUUGCAUAACUGUCUCGAAUUAUCCCAAGUCCUCUCGUGUUUAUAUCAGGCUAUGUAAACACGGGAAACGUUUUUUAUUGCUUUACUAGUGCCGCAUCCUAAAAAGUGCUAGGGUAUGAUCCUUCACAGAAAUAGUUUUAUUGGGCCCUGAACUGAACCUUAUUAAACGCUAAACGCUCUCGCUUCUUACCCAUAAAAACGCUUUUAGACCUAUACUUUUCUGGGUAACUUUUCUUGCUGAAACCUCGAAAGACUUGGAAAUAAUCCUCAUAACUAUUGUACGGAGUUUUACGAAUAGUCUUUCACGCACUAGUCUUUAUUUUAGCCUUAAGGCUUAAGGCUAAAAUAAAGACUACUGCGUGAAAGACUAUUCGUAAAACUCCGUACAAUAGUUAUGAGGAUUAUGACCUAUACUUUAAAGUCAUUUGAUCCUUUAUAACAUAUGUGCUACCAGUUUGAGGGUGUCCCACCAAUAAUAAUGAGCCAUGCUCUGGAAUCCAUAUUUAAUGCAGAGAGUUGUUAGAGUCACUUAUAACCUGCCCCGCGACUUACCCUCUGAAGACGUCCUAAAAUCAGUCCAGUGGGAUUCGUUAUUUGACAUGUGCAAGGCUAAGAUUUAUAACAUAUUUAAUUACAUAGCUCCGUCAUGCUUAGAACAUGAUCCAGAGGCGAGAGAACAAGUUAGACUUGCGUCAUCACCAUCGCAUGACCGUUCCGCGUUUCGAAACGUAUUACAUGAAGAACUCCAUCUCGUACCAUCCAUUGCUUGGAACUUGUAAGAUCCCGCCGUGACUAGCACAAGAGCCUACGCUAAAAAUCUCAACUUCCCAGCUGAAUUAUGCAUCCCAAGUGAGUGCGUCCAACAACAGUGAAUUCGUCUUUUGUUGUCUAAUAGUCAAUUAAUACUACAUGAUGCAAUAUAUUUUUUUUUCUUGAUAGCAGAAGUAUUUUAGUUAUUUUUACUUUUUAGGUAUAGGUUCUUAAUUACAAUCUGCAUGUUCUUUAAUUAGCAUGUUUUUAAUUAAUAUCAUGUACACGGCCCCAUAAGCUGUAUUAGCUUUAAUUUUAACCUUGUUUGUUUAUAUUAAAUAAUAAUAAUAAAUUAAUAAUAAUAUUAAAAGUUAAUCAUGAUUUUUUUACACACUUAUGUAGCUGCUUGUUGGUUAAUAAUUACCAAACCCCAGCCCAACCUCCAUUCAGGAAACACCUUGGACACAAGGGUGUCCUCUGAAUAGAGUUUCCACUGUAUCUACGCGCCUUCAGUCUAGAAAGGUGAAUUGAGUUUCUUGACAUUUUAGCCGGAUCGAGGAGUGUGUGGAUACCAUAACAGUGAACUCUACGGGAGAGAACAGAUCACUUACGCUGUCGAGGCUCUGAUAGGUGGUUACCAAGCAAGAAAAAUAAUCACAGUCUAUGGACAGUUUAAGUGCGGAUUACCAAUAAUUGCACCGUAAUUGGUCACGAGCUUUUUCCAUUCCUUACCGUCUUGAGCUAAGUUACUUAUAUCUUUUGUCAUCACACAGAUAGCAAAAUAGCAACUUGUUAAUGAAUAAAUGCUUAUUGAUUAUGUUUGAUAAAUAAAUGAGUUGCCCCGAGUAGAUAAUUAACCGGCCUGAAAUAAUGAAUUUUUGAAUCUUAUAUAAUAUGCAUUAAACACAGCGCACGUCAUGCGCUGAUACCUUCAUCCGCGACACCUGACAGAAUUUCCAUAUUUGGAGUUGCGCAGUAUUUAAGUUCCACAUAGACGAGAAAAAUGCGAACAAUGUGUAAAACGUCCACUGUUGAUACUGUUUGAGACAUUCAAUGAAAAAAUAUUUUCUCCCAGGAGGAAAUAUUUUGCAACUUCUCGUUUCCUUUCCUGACGCCCCAGUCGAAAAAUUUCCUCUUUUUUGAGUUUCACCACAAAACAAGGGCUUGGACAUGCGGUUUUACGCGGGCCCCACGACUCUUAAAAACGGGAUUCUCCGGUUAGUAACUUCUGACAGGAUUUACGUGUGAAAAACAACCGCGUUGUACGCUGACAGCUGUUUUCCCUUUGUUGGGCUUGUUGACACGCACUACACCUUUCCACAGUGUAAAUCUGCAACGCAAAUUUCCCUAAGUUUAUUUGUUAAAAGAAGUUUUAGUUUCGAAGAGGCGAUCAUACAUUCAUAAUACAAAGCCAUUAUCUGAUGGUACUUUGUAGCUGCCAUAUGCCAUUUGCUGCUAUCGGAAAGCGACCGCGUUUCUUAGUAUUUUUUAUAUAUAUCGUUUCCGGAGAGAAACGCACAGCUACAGAAUAGAGAUCGCUCUCACAAAAUUCAUUGGAAAAUAAUGGAACAAAUCCUUAACUUUCUUCGUAAAACGGUUUAUUAUUUCAAUUAGCCUAAACGAAACUUUCAGCUUAGACGGAUAGCUUAGAAACCGUAACUUUUGGAUUCUAGAGCUCCAUAAAGAUGACGAAAAGGUAAAAAUGAAACUACAACUUAAAUAGCCUUUUUUUCCCGCAACUCGAUCAACUGCUGGCAUUGGGUUGAGAUUAGCUUGUGACUCUAAAGGCUAGCUAAUGCGUGUGGUUACAUGACGAAGUAAAUAUUGUGAUAUUUCAGUUAUUUUAGUCACUAUUUCUAUGGCAAAAACUAUGGAAGAACAGGUCAAUGAAAAACUUAUUGAAUUCGUGCUGAAGAAAAUAGCCUGUGUGACACCGCAAAUAUAUAUUAGUUGAUAAAUGAUUAUAAUAGUUAACAUAAAAUAUAUAUUUAUAAUAAUACUAUUUAGAAAAGAUAAUGAAGUCCUUUUUGCACAUUAUUUUUCUCUUGGUUAAAAAUUGUCUGUCAUUUGCAAGCAGUCACUAAUUCGCGUUUAGAGAUCUCUAUUAAAAGCCAGUGCUAGUCAAAUUGUAGGCGAAGUCAUUUACCAUUGACUAAUCUGGCCUCAGAAUUAACGAUGACGUAAAUUGAACUUUGGUCGGACUGUUAGAGCGCUUUCAAUUGAGUAAAAUAGAAUUUAGCAGUGAGGUCAUCACACUUCCCACUCGAAUAUGUGAUGCACUUCUCUGCAUAUAGCAAUAUCGAUAAUGAGCUGUCAUUAUCAUGUGAUCAGCGGAAAUAAGGCACACGAAUGUAUAAAAUUAAACUGUCGGCAGUUUAUGUAUUAGUGAAACAAUAGAAACGUGCCGAAGUUAGGGUGGGUCCUUAAAAAGAGCGGUGCAAAUAUUAUAUCAGGGGUAGCCAAGGAAGUCAGCAACUGAAACAAUUAAGGAGCAAUCAUCGCCGGAGAAGAGAUAUUUUGGCUUACGCACAACUUCGUCAACAAGUAUCACAACCCGUGAGUGUAUGGUGUACUACCGAUUUCUUGUCAUCAACAGACAGACUUAUUGUUCCACAGAGGAAUAUCUCCGUACCAUUCUAUUAAACCAGAGUUUUUUUCCUUGAAUUUCUCAAAUACCACUUUAGUUAUUUCAGUUAGUAUGAAUACAUGUCACGGAAAGCGGGUUGCUCGCUGGGUUUCUGCCACCAUGUUGAUUUUCGCGUCGUUGCAGCUAUCUGGUAAGUCAGUGAGCAAAUUCUGUGCAUUUGGAAUUACAGUCAUUACCGACCAAAUAUACCUAAAUAAUGCAUUGUUUCUUUUUGGGCCAUUUUAGGGGCAAUAAGAUGGGACAAACAGCCUGAAAAACCAACAAUCUUGGUUGAAGGAGUAAACAACACUGGAGAGAGUCUGAAAUUCGUCUGGAAUUUCGUUACUGAGGAAUCCGAAGUUAUUGACAGAGUCACAUUUCAAAGGCGAAGAGAUAGUGCUGAUCCAACGGAAGAUAUUGCAAGCAACAAAGAAGGAGGGGCGUUUAAUGUUUUCCCGGAAUUUACUUCAAACUACAGUGCAAGCCCUCUAGCUACACUGACUUUGAGAAAUCCCGUGACCAACGACGACGAAUUCAUAUAUUCUAUCGUGGUAUCGCGCUCCAAAAAUAACCUUCCUUUGCCAAGUCUUACGGACCAAGUACAGUUAAUAGUGUUUGGUAAGUAAAAUAUCUCUUUCCUUCUACGUUUUUCAGUUAUUUCUAACAUAUUCAGGCUUAAGGCGUCUUUCAAAAGACCCAUCAUAACGGGCCCCCAUUGAAGGUCUCUAGAGUAAGCCGGGCGUCGUCAGUCCCCAAAAUUUCCUCAUUUACUGGUUUCUGACUNCAAAUACCACUUUAGUUAUUUCAGUUAGUAUGAAUACAUGUCACGGAAAGCGGGUUGCUCGCUGGGUUUCUGCCACCAUGUUGAUUUUCGCGUCGUUGCAGCUAUCUGGUAAGUCAGUGAGCAAAUUCUGUCCAUUGGAAUUACAGUCAUUACCGACCAAAUAUACCUAAAUAAUGCAUUGUUUCUUUUUGGGCCAUUUUAGGGGCAAUAAGAUGGGACAAACAGCCUCAAAAACCAACAAUCUUGGUUGAAGGAGUAAACAACACUGGAGAGAGUCUGAAAUUCGUCUGGAAUUUCGUUACUGAGGAAUCCGAAAUUAUUGACAGAGUCACAUUUCAAAGGCGAAGAGAUAAUGCUGAUCCAAGGGAAGAUAUUGCAAGCAACAUAAAAGGAGGAGCGUUUAAUGUUUUUGCGAAAUUUAGUUCAAACUACAGUGCAAGCCCUCUAGCUACACUGACUUUAAGAAAUCCCGUGACCAACGACGACGAGUUCAUAUAUUCUAUCGUGGUAUCGCUCUCCAAAAAUAACCUUGCUGCGCCAAGUGUUAGCGACGAAGUACAGUUAAUAGUGUUUGGUAAGUAAAAUAUCUCUUUCCUUCUACGUUUUUCAGUUAUUUCUAACAUAUUCAGGCUUAAGGCGUCUUUCAAAAGACCUAUCAUAACAGCUCCUCAGUGAAGGUCUCUGGAGUAAGCCGGGCGUCGUCAGUCCCCAAAAUUUCCUCAUUUACUGGUUUCUGACUCGUUUCUUAAUUGAUUGUGAGAGAGAUUUAUGAAACCAAUUUACUUUACGUCAUCCUGAAACUCUUGAGAAAAGUCUGAAUAGUGGCGUAUAUAUUUUUUGACAGUCCUUUUUUCAACAGUAAUUUUGCGGUAAGCUCCGCAUCAGUUACUUUCUCAAUGAAACGUGCGUUCGUUGAUGCUUGCCUUUAAUCUGAAAUUAACGUAAUUGCCCUUUUUUUACCAUUUCCGCACGCGCUAUAAUGUGUCAAAAGCCUCAGGCUAUAUUAUGUAAGCUUUUAAUUAGCUGACUUAAAGGAGAAGUUUGAAAAUACUGAGCAUAUUCAUAGUUUAUUCCAUCACAAAACCAUCAUUUUUCACGACACUACAAACUGCAGACAAAUAUCAACACUGUACUCGUUUUCUUCAUGCGGUUCAGUUUUGAGUAAAUUACUUUCAAUCAAUCAUGUAAUUAAGUUAUACCAGUUAUAUAGCAGAGAAAAGGCUUUUUCGUUGCGUAAAUUAACCGAUUAUAAAAGAUCGGACCCUUUAAGUAGUGCAAUUAUUUUGAAAAAAGAAAUUUCGGGCCAUGCGAAAACGAUUAACAUCAAUAAAGCUUAUAUUGGUCGCGUCAUAUUAGAGAUAAAAUAUUCACACUAUUUCACGCAAAGAAUAAAAGAAGCAACUUUAAGGUAAAUUGUCGUUGUCGCCCAAUUAUUUUGAAAUCAAAAGUUAUUUUAUAACUUGUUUUGGAAGUUUGCGUUUUAGUUCUGAAAUGCGUAGGAGUUACGCAUGGUGACUCAUGGAAUGAUUUGCAUACAGAAUCUACCACGACUCAGUGAAUAUUGAGUGUUAUGUCAUUUUUCGUCGUGUUCACAAUAUAUGGAUGCUAAAUAUAUGAUUCGAAGUUUCUGCGUGCAAAAACAGUUAUGGUAACAGAAAAAGCGCAUCAAGAGAUCAGUUGUCGAUCUCUUCAACUGGCAUGGUUUUAAUGUUCCUACUUUUAGAUUGUAGACUCUAGUCAGUACCGACUGACUUUAAGGAAAACAAAGUAGCCAUUCGUUUUAUCCUUUCCGGACAUCUGACAAACAUCUUAUAAACUUGGGUGUGCAGCAACUACAUCGAUAAUCAACUUUUGGCUCAGGUCUACUUCAUUCAUGUACUUCUUUUAAAAAAUUUUCUCCCCACUGACAAUGCCGUAAUUGUGAGAUAGUAAAUUACAUUUUGAGGUCGUCAUUAAUGUUACUCAACCGUUUAAGCCGUGUGGUUGAAACUAUUGGCCAUAUUUAUGUGAUCUACUUGACGGUUUUGAGACUUCACUAAUUUUAGUGCAAGCACUUAUUUCUUGGAUUCAUGAAUUGGACGAUUUCCUAAAAAGCCUGUAAAGUUACAUGGAAUCCCUUUUACGUCUACGUAUGAAGUAUUACUUCACUCAUAAUAUUCACUGUAAUAUAUACCAGCCACUCUGCUUUGAGGCCACCUUGAGCCCCAGCUGAGUAGAACCCUCCUUGAGGUAAAAGUUAUUGUUAUUCCGCCUUUUCCAAAACUUUAAUCGUGAAAUUUAGUUUUUCUCUGUUCAAUAUCUGUCUUGAAAGGAUUCCGUAAGACCGUAUAUAAUAGACGAUAUUCGUAUUCCCCGACGGCCCUGGGACGAGAGACUUCACAGCAUAAUUGCGAGGCUAAUUUAAAAGCGGGGAACCUUUUUAGCAAAAACAAAAACAAACAUUGGUUAGUCGCGGCUGAAUCGCUGCAAAACGAUAGAAAUCAGCAAAAAACUGGUAGAUUUAAAAGCGAAAACCUUAGGGGUAAGCUAAAGGGAUAUCUGUUUCAAAAAACAAAACUGUGGGAAGAGCUGGUCGUACUAACAGCAAAAGUAAAAAAGUCACGAAGCCAAAAGGAGAGACAAGAAGUUAUCAAGAAUAUGGUCUAUUGUGUCGAAAUGUCAAUACUCGAAUCCUUUUAAUAAAAUUUUAUUCUUCUUAUUAUAAUUCUUUUUCUCUUGCGUGUAUCAGUCUGUAGCGUGGAGUUUAAACUCAGUAUUAUCGUCUGCACCAAACUCUGUGUUCAACUGCGUGCACGUUUUAGUACUCUCGCACAGUUGUUAUCGAAGAUAAUGUAACUUAAAUUUAAAAAUAAACUUUACCUAGUCAUCUUUGUUCAAACCGGUUUGACUUCCUUAAAAUGCACAUGGACUGUGUGCAGAACGCUAAGCGCCUAACUGAUAAGUAAUUAUCCACUGAAUGAGUCGUUUGCUUUACUUCAAAUACACAUUUAAGAUUUUGCAUCCGCUCUGUUAAAAAAUUUAAACUGCAAAGUAGGUGUGAUAAUAUCACCGUCAACUUUAUCGCAGGCUUUCGAUAAGUACGUCCAUUUCAAUAUAAGAUAUUCUUCAAAAGGUUUAAAGGACACUGAGAAUUACAAUUAAAAUGGCUUCGGGGAUUUUAAGGACAUCUCUGUUUAUAUUAAAUUAUAGACUCGCUCACCAAGCACUCUUCUCAUCAAUAUAAUUAUGGUUGGGAUCGCUGUUUUUCUUGGUAAUAAUGAGCAGAUCUCCCUUUUGUUGUUUGAAAAAAUGAUGUCUCAAGUAUGUAAGCCCUUCGAAACUUUACAAUGUUAAAAAUUUUCCUUAAAUUCGGCAAACUCAGCCACAGUUUUUUCAUAUUUGUUUGCCCUCUUGGAGAGAAGGUCCCCGCAUGAGCCUCGCAUUCAUGAUCAAGGCCCACUCGUCCCAGGACUGUCGGAGAAUACGAAUUCUGUCUAUUUUUAAAUGGUACCGCCGGAGUUUUGUUCCAAGUUGUUUUUGUCUGUUGGCAAUUAAGAGUGCAUUUUUAGUGAAGACUCGUUUGGUAAUUAUUAUGUUGUGCACGGUGAAACUAACCAUAAAUCAACUACUGAGUGCCGGCUUUAUAGGAGAGCAAGGAAUUUCAAGCACGAAAUUCACCGCUGGCUGAUGAUUUUUAUCGUGGCUUUUUAGUGAUGGGGUUAUUUUAGAACAAAGAUUGAAAGAUGCCUUAGUCUUGAAAUCUUUUUCUAAAAAAUUCUGAUUUCGAUAGUGUUCAAAAGUCGUGUGAAUAGUUAUGAAGAUUGAGAACAAUUUCUUCCAUUAUUUAUGUAGUGUUUACAAGUUCCCUAAGCUUCCCUAAGGCUGUGAAAAAUAACAAAAACAACUAACGAACAAAUAAAACAAUAUAGGGAAACGAUUAUUUAUUUGAGGAACACUGAAUAAUAACGUAUUCAUAGUUUCACAACUGUAUCAUAAAUCGCCAAUCUGAGUUCUCUAUUACUACCAUUUCAGAGCGUUUAAAGGCAAUAACUCCCUCUAGGAAAGAUAUCAAUGACAGUAGUGCGCAAUUACUCCGCGGGGUAGACACUCAUGAGCCUACACUAUGCGAACAUUAAACUAUUAAUAGUCGAUACCCAUGAAAUAAAAGAAUUAUUGAGAGAGCCCUUCUAGCUGAAUUUGCCGGUAAGAAGGACCAAAACCACAUGAACUGAAUUCUUGGAGGAAAUAAAACACAUAAAAUUGCCUUUUAAAACGGUAGAAGUACAACUUUUCUAAUUCUUAUUAACAGCUCGUCCGACUUGUUUCCUUUCACAGGUUUAAACUGAAUUUGAAUUGGGUAUGCGGCAGUGUUAAAAUAAAGGAUACUUUUCUUUGAAGGGUUCUGUUCAUGGGUAACCUGCAAGCGGUUUGAUGGCUCCUGUGGCCAGCGUAAUCAUUUCUUUUUUCGCCAGGAAUAAUGAAAGAAAUUGCAGUUGUUUUAAUCUGCGUUUUUUGUUUUCGACAGUGCCCCCAAGAAUUACAACAGAGCCAGAGAGGGAGUCUAAAGUUAGCGUUGGAGACAAUUUGACACUGACUUGCAAUGUAUCUGGUGACCCACUCCCAGAAGUCACAUGGAGCAAAGAUGGCCAAACGCUGAAACUGUUUAAUGUUACUGGCCCAGUUCUGCAUCUCGUUAACGUAACGAGGAAGGAUGUUGGAUCUUACAAAUGCACAGCAAAAAAUAAAGUUGGAGUGGUCUCUCACCCUGCCGCGGUUAACGUUGAAUGUAAGUAAUUUUUAGUUUCAAUUAUACUGUUAGCUAUGCAAUUGAAGUAAUCAGUACCGUGCAUUAACACGUUCAAGGUACUAUCAAAAGGUAUAGUUGCUUUGUUAUUUUCUUGUGAACUAUUAUCUUGAUAGGCUAAAAUGAAUGUAGUAGUUUGGAAACUGUGAUAAAAGUUUGCCCUAACCACGACAUUUGCCUCCGUCAUUGAUGAAUGUGGGAAAACUGGUUCUCAAAAACUGAUGAGCCGCGUUAUUCAGUAUUCAGUAUUUAGCAUAGAUCAGACACCUUUCUAUCUUUUCAUUUCUGAGACAGAGGCAUUGAAUUAAACGUAAAAGUUGAAAGCAAUUUAUGAGCCUAUUUUUGUGUUAUUACUUUUGGCAAAAUUUAGAAUCCUUGUCGUCCCAUGUAAGAGAAUCUGUACUCCGAAAUCCGGGAAAUUUUUGCUCGUGGCGAAUUCGGAAUCCAGGAAUUUUUUGCUUGGAAUCCGGAAUACCGUUGAAGGAAACCGGAAUCCCGUUAACGAUUGAAAUCCGGAUUCCAAGUUCCACUGACACAGAAUCCGGAAUGCCGCGGCGUGAGUACCUGAAAUCGACAAAACCAGACUGUCUUGGAUUCCCUUUUAAACGUGGGGCGAUUUUUGAAACGCUGUGCAGUUGCCUGCAGAAAGAUACUUUGGGACUGUUAUCAGUUUUGAGUAGAAUCGCAUAGUUGAGUAAAAUCUCGCAUUCUGAUUGGUUAACGAAGCGAGGUAUUUAGUCUGGAAUUGCAAGUUGAAAACGAGGCUAAGCGAUAUUGUUUUGUUUUGAAUCUACGUAACAACUAUCGUUAAAUUCUGACACAACAACUGCAAAAAAGGUUUUCUACCAUGUCAUUUUGAAAUGUUUUCAAAACCAUUGUCACCUUUUGAAGAGUUGAAAACAAACAAAAGCGUUUUUAAAAUUGAGCCGGAGGUUCUUCCUUGUUUUGAAGUGAACUACAAAUUCUCGGAGAGACAUAAACUAACCUCUUUCGCUCGCAAACACGUGAAAACAAGAAAAUCCUGUGAACACAGCCCAGAAAAUGGUAAGUCAAAGUUCAACCAAACAAAACGGAGAAGCGACAACGGAGGAAGUGCCAGGGUCGAUCGUCACAUAAAUCCAUUACCAUAUUUGUAGCUAGCAUUUAACCGGUGUAAAACAUAUUGUUGAGGUCCAUUGUUGGUAAAGCAGUUCUUAGCUUGUAGAGUCCAUCAAGCCUCUAAUUUUUUAAAGCAAAUAUACUUAUUUUUCUCUUUUAUGUCUGCGAUUGAUAGGUCCAGAAAACCAGUGUGAGGAUCAUGAAUUUGGAAUUAGAAUAACAAGCAUAAGAUGGAUACAAGCUUUUAACAACUCCAAUGCAAUUGAAUAUAAAUCCUUGAAAUCAAACGUUACAUCAGAAGUAAGUCAACAACCCUGGCUUUUGCCGUUUGGCUUUCCCUUAUCAUUUGCUAAUAAAAGAGUAACACAGAAUUAAACAAUGGCUGUAUAAUUUCUUUUUCGUCAGGUUACUUACAAGCUAAAAUAAUGGGAAACCCGAACCAAAUUAACCAAAUGCCGAAAAAAAAAACCCGGCUAAUUGGGGACACUUACAACUGGAAAAUGCACAUAUCUACUUAAGUGAUAUUGUGAACGUCCAGGAUCUAGAUUAAUGAGGGUAUUAUUACAUUUGUGGCUUAUAUCAACAGGGUGACUCUGUGUUUAAUCGGUCUGUCAUCAAAGAAUGUAUUGAAGGAAAUUCACCUGUUUCUUUCACAGAUUGCAAGAAUCUACACCCAAUCUCAAAAUGCCGAAAAGCAACUAUAUGGUAUAACUAUUGUGGAGUUUAGGUAUGGUAUAUGUAAUUAUUUAUCGUUGACAUGCAAUCAUGUAAUUGUUGCAAGAAAAAAAAAACAGAAGAAAACUGUAUACGAAUAAACGAUAGCUGGAGGGCAUUGCAAAAGAAUUAAAACCUCUCGAGAAUAACAACUUCUUUUGUCAAUUACAUCAUUAUAUCCUAUAUCUUAACCACAGUCGAUUUAUGACCUUGUUAAUAUAGAAGCUUAUCUAGCAAUUCAUGGGGCAUGAGUAUGAUAAUGAUGAGGUAAAGGAGAGAUCUGAAUAAUUUCUCAAAUCAUCCGAAAGCCUAAUCCAUGCGAUAAUAGUUUUAUUAUUCUUUAAAAAGAUGCCUAAACAUAAAAACAAGCUAAAACAUGCUUAACCUGGAUCGAUGCUAAGUUCUCGCCUUUAUCUUCCAGCUUCUGGGCAGGUUUAUGAUACUCAGGGCACUAAUAAGCAUGACUAUCUAAUUAAAUAUGCACAUUUUAUCAAUGAUCGUGAAAAUUGGACUACUAAUGUAGCUUAAUAGCCUUAGCAAUGUGAGACAUUUAAGAAGCUCAACUUUUCGUCACGUGACUUAUAAUUGAGAAUUAACGGUCAAAAUAUUUAUUGUAAAAUGGGGAAAGGAUAAUGAAAGAGCAACACGUUCUUUUAGGUACAUUUCAGAGGUUAUUAAAAAGGUUCUCAACAAUUUGCCUUGUAUGUGUGUUUACGUCAUAUAGGAAUCGGUAAAUGAAGGGAAAAUGGUCACGUGACUUGUUAAUUAGUCAAAUACCUAAUAGGAUAAGUAACAUUUCCAACCAUUCAAGACGAAUUAACGAUUUACUCGUUUAUGUAACAUUUUGGUCGUGAAAAUUCUUAAGAUGAAGGUUUGCAACCCUUCCCCGUUUGGGAAGUCAUAAGUAGCAGGUGGUCAAGCCAUUUUUGAGUGAAUAUGCAUGUUUUUUCACCUUUUUUCAACAGUAAAAGUUAAACUUGUGGAUGAAAUGAUGCAUAGUAAUUAUUUAUGUGUCAUUUUACAUGUUAAGCGCAAAAAUUCUCACUGUUUUCACUUGAUUUCUAACUCUUGAUAAAAUCUAAGAUGGCGACCAUGUUUGGUGACGUGACAGACCUCAAACAGCGCUACCACCCAUAAAACAUAACCCAUCUUGUAGAGAAUAUCAAAGGCUUUCCACUGAAGACAAAAUCGUUUCGAAAUACUGCCAUCAUCCCCGCCCCCCUUGUACCACGGUGGGAGUAUGACUUUGCAUAUACGUCCGAGGGUUAAGGGCUUGUUUACAUGAAGGUGGGGGACCCCAGGUGUAACCCGCUUAGCUGGGAUAACCUGCCUGUCCAUAAAAUCUCUCAUCGCGUUUACAUGAUAGGAGGGGUGAGACCGCCGAGGGGGGUUGCCCAGCCUGCCAGACCAGGUAACCCUUCUCAACCAGGGUAAAAUUUUUCCAUGUAAACGUUUCAUGAAGGCAGGGUAAUAGAAGAGAACUGACCGCCAAAACACGUCAUUUGCAUGCCAUUUUUGUUUUGUUGUUUUGUUUUUGUUUUUUUUUCUUAUUAUUUUUAGGUGCUUUGCACCCAUUCAACAAUCCUCAAAAAGUGCACUGCGGGAUGGUUGGGUUAUUUUUGUUCCGACCUGAGGGGGUUACCUCACCUACCUGGGCUCACAGACCUCCACGUAAACGAGCCCUAAGAUAUAUUUUGUUUUCAGAGAAGGAAGUACCAUUGCUGUUGUUCGCCUACGAUUUGAAAGAAACAUCAGCGAACCCUUGAAGCCUUUGGAAGAUGCUAUCAAAGAUGGCAUAUUGGGGCAGAAUAUCAGAGUUGAUACACAGCUCCUUAAUACAAGUAUGUCAAGCUCCAAUCAAUUCACUCCAAGUCAAUCCAGUAGGUACCAUUAGUUAAAUCUUAACGACGCUGACAGACACGAUAAGGACUACAUUAUAAUCACGUGACAGGGAUAAUAAAGAGAAACUCAAAACCUGACUCGUAAAUUCCACAUCAAAUUGCACGGAAAUACGGAUCAAUCAAAUUUCAUUUAUUAUUAUUUUUAUUACAGUCGAAGCAGGUCAAGCGUUGCUGUCGCUAACGAACUAAUGAAUUCAUUAAUGGAGACACGAUUUCGUUUGUUGAUUUAAAAAGCGAAAGUUGAUUCGAUUACUGUUUUUUGAAAAACUAUACACUUUCCUCAAGUCGACCUCAGAAUUUUGUUUUUUCUUCUUUUUUGCCAAGAGUCGAGUGCGGGCGAGUUCGGAAGUUCAAACCCAUACAAACUGUCACAUGUACGCCAAUAUGCUGAGAAAUCAGUGCAACAAACCUGGGUCGGGUUGCAUAAAACAUCUUAAGAUUAAGGAACCAAGAACGAGAAGUCCAAAGACUACUGCAAAGCUGAUGAAAAAAACAAUACACGUUCUUCUGAAUCAGCUUUGCAGUAGUCUUUCGACUUCUCGUUCUUGGGUCUUUAUAUUUGGCUGAUUAGAUCUCUUUUCUAGAGAUCCAACUUGUACAACUAGCAGGAUCUUCGUCUACAGUUUUUGCAGUUAAUUUAAUCCUUUAUUAAGAUUAAGGGAGCUCGUAACUAUUAUUUCUGAACAAUAGGUUAUUGUUUCAGGACAAAAGUUAAGGCCGGGUUGAAAGCUGGCUCGACUGUAGCUCGACUGCAGCACGACACUAGCACGACUUGGUUUCAGACGUCGAAUGGAACGGCUGUUGCCAAAAACAGAACACAAAAAUAAAGAAACGGUUUAGCGAACUUUUAAGUAUAUUCUAAUGUAUUUAUAAUUUAUGAAUGGAGUUCGGCACGGCGGUAGCACGACGUUUAAAACCAAGUCGAGCUACCGCCGUGUAGCACGGCAAGAUUUGCCAUGCUACACGGCAGUAGCACGACUUGGUUUCAGACGUCGCGCUACUGCCGUGCUAAAGUCGAAUUUAAUUCGAUCAAUUGAGUUCGGCACGGCAGUAGCACGACGUUUGAAACUGGCCUAAGAACCCUCUUAUCUUAAGAAGGCUUUAUGCAACCUGGCCCAGACCUCUUAGAAAACACGAUGGUCAAACUGAGGUCGGUGUAUGUGCGGUGAUUGGUGGAUUUCGAUCCUCGGCCUUUGUCAGUUUCUUUGCGUUUGCGGUCUGUCUAUUCUAGUUAUUAUUUUGAUUAAAGGCAAUGAAAAACGCAAUCGUAAACGGUGGGAAAAGGGAAGCAAAUACGAUUGAACAACAGACAAGAAUAAAAAACAGGUAGACUUCGUUCAUAAUUUAAAUCAACAUUUAAUUAUUGAAUCGAGGUCCAAUUUGACUAUUGGAUUAUUCAUUUAAUGAAUGGAUUAUUGAAUCAACAAACCGAAUCAUUUUUCCAUUUAUUCAUUCGACUAGCGACAGCAAUGCUUGACAUGCUUUGACUGACCUUUCAUAAAAAAAACGCCCUCCUUGGUCAGUAUGUUUGUUUCUAUACUUUUAACCCUUUCGAAAAUGUCAAGUCACACUACGAAGUGCAUACUGAAAUACAGUGAAGGUAUCUAUAGGGCAAAUUUUCAACGUUUUAUUUUGCCCUCAAAAUCUUUCUACGGUAUUAAAGUUCAGAUGACGUAACUGAUGCAUAUGUGAACAUACCUUUGCAUUUAAGAAAAAAUCUACUCAAAAGAUUACCGAUUUAGUGGAAGUUAAAAAAAUUUUUUUCAUAAUUUCGGUUACUAAGAAAAGAGACUGCAGGAGACGGCAGGAGCGCAAUUUGACUCCUCUUUUUAGCAUCAAGUUCUAUUGAUGCGCUCAACAAAAUUUAUUGACUGCUUUGAUUCGUUGAGAAACUACAGCCUCUGUAUGUCCAACUUGAUUUCUCUUGCUUCUGUUCAAACUGUGAUGACUAAUAUUACUUGCUUAUUGUCAAAACUCGUUAUGUUCUUGAAAUAUACUCAUUUUCCAGGAAUUUAUAUUACAUUUGCGUGUCUUCUCACCAGAUAAAUUCUGACAAUUUUGCAGGGAGAGUACAACGUUUUUUUGGCCCUAUUCCUCUGGUCUGUUUUUCUGCCGAUUUCCUUCUCUUUACAGAAGCAAUUCUUUUCAGUUUUGAAUUAAACGUCUUUUUUAAUCUUCAUACUUCGGCGCCCCUCAUUGCGUUAAAACUGACACUGAGUAAUAUAUCUUCCGGAAGUGCGUCACACCUCAUUUGGCAACUACCUUAUUCUCCUUAAUUUUCGCGGGUUCUUAAAUUCGCGAUUUUCGCGAUUUUAAAAAAUUCGCGGAUUUAAAGAUCCGCGAAACAUAACGACCGCGAACUUUGAUUUCGCGAAAUUUAAUGGACAUAGAAAUAUCAUGCAUUUGUGCUUUCAAGGGUCCUAAACAAUUUUUAACACAAGGUGUUAGUACAAGGAGCUAUCAUCUAUCAACUUUAGAUGUUAAUCAGUGUCAAGAUUCGCCUCAAGUUCUUCUUCGGCAUCUGAGUAAUAAAUUGACCAUCCUGUCCCGGCUCCUUGUAGUGUGUAGUUACGAGUGUCUUGUAUCUUUCCAUUAUUGCCCUGUUCCUUGGUGUAUCGUCCAUUUCACAUAUCACCUCAACAGGGACAGCAUAAUGGUUUUGUUUCAAUUGUUGAUUAACGUAAAAGUUUUGAAAAAAGAAAAAAAAAGUCACUUAAUCGUCAAUUUCGCGAAAUUAAAUUCCCUGCAAACACAAUUUUUCUCUGCUAUCGCGAAAUUAAAGACUCGCGAAAAGUGCCGAGAAAAUUUUCGCGAAAUUUAAGUCCCGCGAAAAUAAAGGAGAAUAAGGUAGUCACGUAUCAAAAUCCAAGGGGGCUACAGAAAGGUUAUACUUGGCACCUUUUUACGCUUCCACGAGCAUUUCACACAGCGGUGAUUCAAAAUGGCGGGCGAGAAGGUCUGUGAUGGUAGUAUCCAGGAAAAACAGUUGAUUUUGAGAAGAAAAUAAGCUUUAAUUGUUACCUACACUGGAAAACGGUUAAUUACCACGUGACCGAUUUACCUUGACUUUCGUGGAGGAAUGGAUUAUUAUUUCUUUGUGAAAUUUGGCAAAUACACAAAGAGCAUGUUAAUGAAGAGAUCUGUGUUCGACCAAAGGUUAGCUAAAAUUGCCGUACAGCUGAAUUAUUCGGAUGUCAAAAUGUGGAUGAAAUUACAAAACAGCAAAUUGUGCCCUGGAACGUGGAUUAAUUGGAGCUGUGUCGUGGUCGAACAGGAUUAUUCUAUCUUACGUCCUUAUUUGUGUUACAUUUCAUUUGGGAAUUUCUUUUUAACAAAAAUUUUAAGUAUUCUUCUGAAAUGUGGAUUUUUUUUCUUUCCGUGCCAUCCUAGGGGGUAAUUAAAUUAACACCUUUUGGAUGACAUAGCUAGCAUAGUUUAUGUUGAUAUAUUGUAGUUCCUCAAGAACUAAGGAAUACCGUCAAUGUAGUGAUAUGUAGAUAUCAUCCAUAAAAUAGCUAUUAAAAAUGACGGAAGAAUGUGCAAAAUUUGCCGGUGCAGAUACCUUAACAGCAGUCUACAGUCUGAAGUUCGAGAUUGGCUUAAAGGAAAAGUCCGUUUUUGAUAUUUUGCAUUCACUUCAAGUUAUAUUUAUCACAUUUUUUCAAACUAUUUCAAAGUGAUAUGAGGAAAACAAAAGUGAAAGGCUUGUCUACCUCUUUGGAAAAUGACGUUGAUAUUUCGUUUGAUUUCCAUGCAUAAGAUUGGUCUUUCUUCAGUGGACACUAUGGGCUGUUUAGAGGCGGUGCAUUGAAAUAAUAACACGACGAUGAUGACGAUUACGGUAAUGAUGAUAAAAAAAUUACGUGUAAGUUAAACGUUACAUUAUAUAUAACAUCACUUGUGACCUUCAUAUAGCAAUGCUACCACACCCAACCACUGAAGAACCAACAACCGAUGAUGUUGAUGGGGGUCCUUCAUCAAAUGGUCUAUCAGCAGCUGAAAUUGGCGGUAUCGUUGGAGGAUCGGUCGGAUUUGUUGUAAUCCUCAUCAUUGUCAGCCUCGUUAUCUUCUUCCGUUGCCAGCCUAAAAAAGGUACGCUUCAUUUGAUAGGAUUGUUUUCGCCAUUUGCAGUCAAAGGUAUCGAAAAUUCCCUCUUGGAUAUGUUUCAGCUAAGGAAAUUGUCAUGAUACUUAUAUUGCAAGACAGCGCCUUCUUAAUGGUGUUAAGGGGGAAGUUUGAUUGUUGUUGUUGUUGUUGUUGUUGUUGUUGUUGUUGUUGUUAUUGUUUUGGAGGAAUGGGGAUAUUUUAAUUGAGAGUUGAAGAAAAAAGGGUGCAUAAACUUCAACCACUUAGUCCUCUGAUUGUGGUGAGCCGUUUGUUAUUUAUCUACACCACUAAUUAUUUCCGGGAAUUUUCAACAACCCCAGCUUAAUUCAGGAUAUUCUCUAGUUUUCCAUAUUUUUAAACAAUUAUUUUAAGCAUUUAUUUAUUGAAAACAUCUCAAAAAUCAUCCAAAAAUUCUUAGACAUACAUUCGACUCCCGAUAAUUCAAAUCUUCAAGGGAAGUAGAAAAAAGUUCGAGUUAUCAGGAGUUCGAGUUAUCGAGGGUAAAAUUAUUUAGAAAAUGAUCUAAAGGGAAAUGAAAAUUGCCUCGAGUUAGCAGCUGGAGGCUCGAAUUAUAGAGGGUUCGAGUUAACCGGAGGUCAACUGUACUAGCAUUGAACCAAUGAAUCCGACCCCCCUGAGUCAUUAUAUGAUUGAAAGAAAUCUUGUCCAUGGCUAGAUUUUGAAGAAAAAGGGAAAUAAUUCGUGCUAUCUACUUGUUAUUGAGAACAAUAGAUAGUGUAAUAGUCGAAUAUAUAAGGGCAAUUUCCUCGUUUUCAUUUUUCAUUUUGACUACCGCUUUAUUUUAAUAUAGCUAAAGCUAUCCCUGUUACCAACCAGCUUUACUAUAAAUUUUCCAUUCUUUAGCAGGCAAAUCAUUCAGUGAAGCAGACGGAUAUCGCAUGUAA